AUGAUGGAUAGGUAUUCUUACUAUCAGGCAUGGCUUCACCGCAAGUAUGGAAAGUACAGGGAAGCUAUCGAGGUUUUAGAGCUUGCUCUACAAGAAGCCGAGCAGAGAAAGGAUCUCUUACCUAUAACUCGAGUUUAUGAUGAACUCGCCAACACUUUUUAUGAAAUGGGCAAUCUUGAUGAUGCAUUCAAGUACUUCCAGAUAGUAGUAAACCGGUUGGUUACCCUUCACGGGAAACGUGACAGUGAUCCAGAAUUCAUUGGUGUCUCUUUGAAAUUGGCGGACAUCUUUGCUCAAAAAGGCCAAUUAGAUGAUGCAGAAGUUGGAUUUUCGCACUGUGUUCGAAAACAAAUGAUGGUUGUCGACGAGCACAUGAAAAAGUAUAGCGUUGCUCAAGGUGCUCUCGUAGAGGAUAGACAUGUUGCUGAUACGCAGGGUCCAAUUUAUACUGAUCCUAUAGCUUUAUUUGGAAUGGCAUUAGAGCGAUAUGCCCAUUUUUUAGUGGGUUCUAAAUCUACAUUUGAAGCUGUUAGAACUUGA